CAGAGGCUGAUGGUUAACGCUGACGGAUAAAGUUCGUUUUUGCAUGAGGAGACGAAACAAGCAAACAAAAAAGGCAGAUGUCUGAGAAUAUCGGACACGCAGCCAACCUGUCCGCCUGCGUCAGGAUCAACAAGGAUUUUACGCACGCCUUCCUGCCGUCUGUGUUCGUCCUCGUGUUCGUCGUCGGGACGCUGUCGAACGUGUGGGGUCUGAGGGGCGUGUGCCGCAGAUGGACUAAGAUCGGAAACAUCAACAUCUUCAUGCUGAACCUGGGAAUGGCGGACCUGCUCUACCUGUUCACGCUGCCCUUCCUCGUGGCCUAUUACGCACAGAACAGCAGGUGGACUUUCGGACAGAUCUUCUGCAAGGUGACACGCUUCUGCUUCAACCUCAACCUCUACGGCAGUAUUGGCUUCCUCACCUGCAUCAGCAUCUACAGGUACCUGGGCAUCGUGCACCCCAUGAAGGUGAUGGGAAAAAUCACCAGCUGCCACUCCGUGGCCAUAAGCCUCCUGGUCUGGGUUUUCGUCAUCGUCCAGAUCUUGCCUGAUAUGUUCUUCGACAAGACUUUUCCAAAUUCAUCACACUCAUGUUUCGACACCACCUCGGACCACCUGAUCAGAAGCUACCUGCCCUACAGCAUCGGCUGGACCGUCACCGGGUUCGUGGUACCUUUGCUUAUCAUCUUAACCUGCUAUGGACACGUGAUGGUGGUUCUGGCCACGAAGGCCAACGUCAACCCCCUGCUGAAACAACGCUGUUUGAAGCUGGUCAUCAUUCUGGUGUUGCUCUUCUCCAUCUGUUUUAUCCCCUACCAUGUGUUUCGAAAUCUCAAUUUACAAACAAGGAUUUUGAAGUUGGAAGGUUCCUGCCACACCAGCUUCCACAACGUCUACAUCGCUCACCAGAUUGGCCGAGGGCUGGCUUGUCUGAACAGUGCCUUAAACCCACUGAUCUACUUAGUUGGAAAUGAUGAUUUCCUCAUGAAGCUGAAUGACUUCAAUAAACGUGCCCGAAUGUCUCUGGCCGGCUUGACAGGAGCGUUCAUCUACCGCAGACCCACAGAAGGGGACCUUCCAUCAGAUACCCAAGAGCUAGGAGAACUUUGAACACAUGUAAGGACAACAUGCACAGUCUAUGAGAUGUUUAUCUGAAUGUGUUCAAGUGGUUUGUCGUUGUAACUGCAGGUUUCCUGUGUAAAGACUGAUGUCUGGCCGGAUAUGAAUCUUAUGAGCAGGUUCAUGGGACUUAUGAAGUGUUUACUAAAAUUACAGGAAACCAGGACAAUGGUAACACAAUUUCAAGGUGUGACAAACUUCAACUGAGCAAGUUCUGAUUAGAGACUGACCAAUAUGUAUUCUUUUUAUAUCUGCUGAUAUGUACAUAGAAAUGGCACUGAUUCCUAACAUUUCAUUAUCAAACUCAGCAUUUACAUAAUAUAGACUUCUCAUCUGUUCUGGUGGAGCCGAGUAGCAUCGUAGCGACUGGUUUCUUGUUACUGUAAAACACCUACUCUGACUGAACAUGAAUGGCAGCUGGUCGUUUUAUCUUUUUUGUUGUAGCUACUUUGACCAAGGGGUGAUGGGGUCCCAGCCAUGCUUGUCAGCUUUGUAAACAGUGUCAUCAGAGUGCCCUCUGCUGGACAAACUACAUAAUGACACAAUUUCAAACAGCUAAAAUGUUUUUUUCUGCAUUAGUUAUUUGGUAAAAUACAAGUUUUCAUAUAGGCAAAGCUAACCUCAAUACUAUAAUUGGUCAAAUGAUAUAUUGGUCGGGCUCAAGUUCUUAUGAGUUCCGUGGAACCCAGCUGGAAAAGCUGUCAUACUUUCAUGCUGCAUACACGUGUUUGCCAAGUGUGGCACAGUAAAAGAAACUGAAAUUUAAAAAUUUCAACUAUUCCCACUUGCUGGCAAAUGUUGAUUUACCCUCAACAAUGAUCCAACCUGGACAUUGUAUUGUAUUAGUUAGUUUUGUGCUGAGAUACACAUUUUUUUUGUAAAAAUAAAUAAAUAAAAGAAUUAACUUGCAUGAGAGAAAAUAAGUUAUAACUUUACAGACAAUUUCCUCCCCCCAAAAAUUCUCUCUCUCUCUCUCUAUAAAUAUAUAUAGUACAAAAUGCUAAAAUACUGAUUCAGUUUCCAUCUAAUUAAAUCAUUGAAGUUUUCUAAUGUGAACAUGUGAAUGCAACAUAUUACUUUAGCUUUUGGAGGGAAUGUGACAAAGUGGCCUCUGGAAGGAU